GAGCGGUACCGGCGUAUGGGGACACCGAGAAGCGGGCUGCGGGCACGACCAGGUGUGAGCCCGCGCCCGGGGACACGCCAGCCCCGCCCUCGCUGCCCUUCUCCUUACAGCGACGCCGGAGUCCUCGAAGAUCCCCCUCCUCCGCUCGCCCAGCCCGGCGGCCCCCGGCGCCUCCCCGCCGCGCUGCCCGCAGUCCCCGCCUCUCCGCCCGCCUAUGUAAGCCCGGGCUGCCGCCCGUCCGCAGCUCCGCGCCCCGCCACGAGGAUGCAGCGCGCCGCGGGACCGGCUGUGCUGCUCGGAGCCCUGCUCUGCCGUCUGGCCGCCGGCAAUCCAGAACUACCUACAGCAGUUAACAUAACUUGGUCUUCAAUCAAUUUUAAAACUAUACUACAAUGGCAACCGAAACCAUCAGGUUACUUCUAUACAGUAGAAAUACACGGACAGACAUCUGACACUAAAAAAAAAUGCAUACUGACAUCAGAAACGGAGUGUGAUGUCACUGAUGUGCUCAGGAAUGUAAAAGAAACCUACACAGCACACAUACUGUCUGUACUGGCCUCGGGGAUGGAUAACUUUGAAGAACCCCCUUUUGCAGUCUCUGAAAAAUUUACACCUUACAAUCAGACUGUUCUAGGAAAACCGGAGAUACAGAAUUACACACAAAAAGGUUCCAAACUGAGUGUUGUGUUCCAAGAUCCACUUACACCAUAUACAUUUCCUAAUGGAAGCUUUCAAAGUAUUCGAGACAUUUUCCAAGAUGACCUGGAAUACAAACUCUAUUACUGGAAAGAUCAAAGUUCUGGAAAGAAAGAUGCAACAACAAAAAGCCAUACAUUUGAAAUGAGCGUUGACAGCACAAAGAACUAUUGCUUCUACGUACAGGGAACCAUUCCUUCCCGCAGAGAAAACCGUAAUGGUCAAGAAAGCGUGGUGCUUUGUACCAGUUUAGGAAGAAAUAUCUUAGAUGAAUAUGGAGCAGAAGUCUUUAUCAUCAUAGCCGUGAUAGCAGUUGCGGUCAUCACUCUUGCCAUUGUCCUAGCAGUGUUCCUGUGUAAACGCAAGAAGGCAAAAGCUGCCAGAGAAAAGGAACCACUUAAUGGUGUCUAAAGAAAAAUUAUUGUGGACAUUAGUGGCAGCUGUGAAGAGAGACUGAAAAAACAAACCCAAAACCCAACAAAAACCAAGUGGGUAAUUGGAUAGAGCCUUUUAGCCUCUCUGAUACAGGAAUUUUAAAGCUCAAACUUUAUAUGGAUUCAAAAAUCUUCUAGACAGUCGCAGAUGAAAAAUCCAGGUAUCAGGAGGGCCCCAUGUCCCUGGUGGCCAGAGGCUGGAGAGGGUUCUGGCAAUCUGUUACAAUAGCCUAACCCUGCUUAUACUCUUCCUAAGCACCUUCUACUGUCCAGUCUGGAACACAAUUCUGAGCUGGGUGGACCUUUGACUUUACCAGGUACAGCCAUUCUGAAAGUAUGGCGUUACUGAGCCAGAAGAUUUAUGGUACUUGUGAGGGGGAAAAAAACACUACUUUUGAAAAAUGUGUGUCCUUUACCUAAAAAAAAGGAAUGUCCUUCUGUUUCUAUGAAACAAAACCUGUACGUAUCUGACUUUUAACAUUAACUGGUGAAAUGAUCUGUUAGUUCAGGUGUGAUAAAGAUACUGCUAUUAUUCCUGCACUUCUUGGAUAAAAUUAAGUUGAUCUAAUUAUCUUUAGAUAUAGACAAAGGUAAACAAACUGGAACUACUGUACUGGUGACUUCUAAGGAACACUUGAAGUUGGUAGCUGCUAUCCAUUUGGAAAGCAUAUCCGGAUUACACUACAGCUAGCUUUAUACAGGGUAAUCUGAUGGUUCCAAGGAAGUGUUAAGACAAAUACUAGGCAGUUUCUGAGUCACUAACUCACUUAAUGCAAGCACUGAGUAGGUAGCAGUAUUUACUGCAUUUUGAACAUAAUUUUUAAUUAAACAGUUGAUGAAUGAGUAGUUUGUGCUAUAGAUUCAAAUCAUCUUGGUGAUGGGAUUUGGAGGCCUGUUGCUUUGACUAUUUUAAUAUUUAUUUUAUAUGUGAGAAUAAUUUUUAUAUUGGUGAUAUCUGUAUUUAUAACGAUAAUUUAUACAUUUCUAGGGAAAUAAAAGGUGUUUGGGGAAAUAAGACUUUCUUUUCCUUGUUUUAAAUAAAGUGGAGCAUUCAUUCCAAAAGUAAACUAAAAAUACAUUUAGGAAAGUUAUCUUGUGACAGCAGUCACAGAAGCUGGUUAGCCAGAAGUCUAACCAGGAAAAACAGAUUAUCAGGACACCUACCUGUAAGGAUAACAAUAUGAGAAGCCAUAUUUCACAAACUGCUGAAAGGUUUUGAGGAGUAGAGUUGCUUUUCAGCUGUCUGCCUGUGUGAACAAUUAUUCAGUGUUUGGAUUGACAGCUUCUCAUUCUAAUGCCAAGAAUGCCAGACAUCUCUUUGGUUGUAUCAUGACACAAGAAUUCUUGCAGUGGUGCCUGUAUUGCUUGUGGUGCUAAUGUUCAUUCAAGAUAAUAUGGGACCUGGCCCAGAGAUGAGAACUGCUGCAACUAGUGUUGGGAUUUACUGCUGCUGCUAAGGGGUAGUGAUAGGUAAAUGCACAGGGGAAAAAAAAAUAAAGUCACGAGACUGGAAAAACUCUACAUCUUGUAGUUGGCAUUAAUUGGCUGCGUAUCUCAAAGUUUUAUACAGUUCCUAAAAAGAUUCCUUCUCAUAAACGCUAUAGGUAUAACCUAAUAUAAAACUAACAUCCCACUAUAUCACUGUCUACAGAAUUAUGUUUUUCAUCCCUAGUGUGUUAUAGAUAUCUUCUUUGUAUGGAUUAACAGUCCUGUGAAUGUGCAAGUAUGAUUUAUGAGGGUUGUCUUUGUUCUUUAAUUCUCUUUUUUCCAGAGGGAAGAAAACAAACCCUAACACCACCCCCCAAAAAAAAAAACCAAACCUGUUUUCUUAAUAUUGUGCAAUAAAGGCUUAAUGCAUUUUCUGCUGUUGCAUAAGCCUGUGUGGAGGAGGAAUCUGACACUAGCAGUCAAAACUAUGAGAACUUGUGGGUGUAAAUUUAAAAACAUUCCAAAGCUGUCAUCUUUACUUCCUUCUCCGGGCUCUUACACUUCCUCAGCUUCAUUCAGUGCCAAGCACAGAAAAGGGAAGAGCUUAUAGGAAAAAGAAAGCAUGCAGGUUACAGCACAGUGGUUUUAAAACUAGGCAAGGCAAUGGUGUUAUAAAUCAUGCUUCAAUACUUAAGAAAUUUUUGGUUUGUUCUGAAUAUUAAGGUUGUUUUUGCUAAAAGAAAGAACACCCAUAGAAAUGCAAACAAGUGCCUUAAAUGGCACAAGGGUGACCCCCUACAGCACAAGUUCUGGAAACCUGAAGUGCUUCUGUUCCCCAGCUGCAGUGUGUUGUCAUCCAACAAUGCUGAGUAACCGGAGUCACGGGGCUCAUAGAUCCUAUUUCAAAGAGGGCUUUUGCUGUUUGUGGAGACAGUUGAGAAAGGGGCUUUUUAUGGUAAACUUCCGGAAGUAUUAUUCCCGGGCCAGUGUACUGAGCCCACGCAAAAUAUUUUAUGCAGAGAUCUAACUUUCUCAUUGUAUCGGAGUGGGCGAAAGGAGUUGUUGUAGUGUCACUAGGGAUGACAACUAGAGCCUAUCUACCGCACACAUGUGGCCAGUGCAGCACUGCACCAAUUUAAGAAGGAGGCAUCUACCUGAUGUGAGAAAAGGAAGCCUUUUCCUACAUGCCUAAGUUCCCUGGCCUAUCUUCUAAGCAGGUUUCAGUAAUAAAGCGUGUUCCCAUUGAUGCUUCCAAUUUCACUGUUCCACUUCGUUCAUCAUGUGUUGCAGAAAAAGGUAUCCAGCUAUUUCAGCUGGAGAAGAACAUUUGCACAGUUCCCUGAUACAGUACCUGUGUUCUCUCCUUAUACAAAUGAAUGUGUAAUAUUGCAGAGUGUAGGACACUUCAAUUUUAUACCACUGCUUAAAACACGUUAUUCUUCUUCAUGUGAGUGAAUAAAGGUUGAUAUUGUUAUACUA